GGGGCAACUGCAGAUGUACCACCAAACAGUACCAACAGGGGAAAAAAAAACGCUAACCAAGAUACAAACUCCUAUGAGUACACAAAUGACCGAACAGAGAUCAGAUGGCCCCGGAGUAUCUGCAAUUGUGACACCAUCCCCUACUGUUCCAGGUCCUGUUGGCCCUAGUCCUGGUCCUGGUUCCGGUCCUGCUCCUGGUCCCAGUUGGGUCCUGCUCCUGGUCCCAGUCUGGGUCCUGCUCCUGGUUCCAGCCCUGCUUCCAUCAUGCCUGGCCCCCUUAUCCCACCAUGCCCCUCAUUACAACAUAACCGCUUGCCUUACCCACCUGCUGAUCGCGGUCCUGGUCCCGGUCCUGAUCCUGGUCCUGGCCCCGGUCCUGAUCCUGGUCCUGGUCCUGGUCCUGACUCCGGUCCUUGUCCGUGUCCAUGUCCAUGUCCUGGUCCUGGUCCUGGUCCUGGUCCUGGUCCUGGUCCUGACUCCAGUCCUGGUCCUGGUCGUGGUCGUAGUCCUGGUCCUGUUCCUGUUCCUGUUCCUGUUCCUGGUCGUGGUCGUGGUGGUGGCCGUGGUCGUGGCGGUGGUCCUGGUCCUGGUCCUGGUCCUGGUCCUGGUCUUGGUCUUGGUCCUGCUAGAAUUUCGAUCUUAUUUAAUGAAUCUGGGCGGUGACUCCAAGGGGUCAAAUGUGGUAGUAAUGGUCCCCCCUCUCUGGCUCCUGGGACUGGUCCUGGAAGUGGUCCUGGUACGAUCCCCACUUGGACUUGUUCUGGUUCAAGUUCUGGUUCAGGCUCUGGGGAUGGGUUUUGCACUUGUCCCGAUGUUGGUCCUGGUUCCGAUCCUGGUGCUGACUUCUGGUUCUGGUGCUGGUUCUGACUCUGGUUUCCUGGUACUGACCCCUGUCACUUUCUGGAUUCGAUGGUGGUCCUGGUCUUCGGUUCUGGUCCUGGUUCUGGUCCCAGUUCUGAUCCCGGUGCCGUGUCCUGGUGCUGACUACUGGUGGUCCUGGUGCUCAUCCUUUUCAUUCUUGUUUUGGUACUGCUACUUUUGAUGCAGGGGUCUAGAUGCCGCGUCUGGUGGCUUUCGUCAUGGGACCAUAUCUGCUAUGGAUAAGACCACUGUCGUGUCGUGAAGAAUUCACCAUCAGAAUGGGUCUGUUGCCUGAGGCAACUCAUGAUGCCGUUAAAGCAUUUACCGUACGUUCACUCCCUGCUGCUGCUGCUGUUGGGAGGCCCACAAUUUGUAGUCCAGGAGUGGACCAGUUUGUAAUUCAGGACUGGAACAGGGCAUGGCUAGACUGGUCCAAACUGACCAGGACUGGACCAGUCUGUGAUCCUGGUCCCAACCCCAGAUCAGAUUGUCCAGGACUUGACUGGCCUGUAUGUAGUCCAGGUUGUGAAUCUGUGGGAUCGAUCAGUCUGUCUGCUCCUCCUCCUCCUCCUCCUUCCACUGCUGGGUCUCACGGUUUCAAACGCCAGUAACCUAACAAAUCACUGAGAACGUG